AGGGUGUCGCCGUAGUCGCUCUAUUCGAAGGCGACGGCGGUUGGUCGGUGUCUGUGUGUUUGUCCUCUUCUAAACUCUACAAACGGACCCGGUACUGAUCCAUUUGCGAGGCGUGCGGGCGGUGAUUUGUGCGGUUUGGGAUCGCUGGGAUGAAGCGGAAUAUUUUUUAUUUGAAUCAGAUCGCUGGUGUAGUUUGAAGAAAGAGAGAGAGAGUCGGGCGGAGGAGCCAUUUUGUCCCGACAGUGAGAGAGAAAGAAAGAGAGAGCGAUAUAAAACAACACGUAACAACCAAAAAUACGCACUCCGAGAGUAAACACACUUCCAUUAAAGCCUCAGUUCAAGUUUAAAAUAGUCCACAGAGGGAAAAUCCACGAAAUUCAGCUGUCGCGAGACUGAUCAGUGUUGUGUUUUUGGACCGCACACACGCGCACAAUCUUUCUUUCUUGAAAACACACUCGGGUCUCCAUCUGUUUAUCGUCAGUGUGUGUUUAAUAACAGCUCAAAUGGCGAAGAAGACAUAUGAUCUGCUGUUUAAACUGCUCUUGAUCGGGGAUUCGGGAGUGGGAAAGACCUGCGUGCUGUUCCGUUUCUCCGAUGACGCCUUUAACACCACCUUCAUCUCCACCAUAGGAAUUGAUUUUAAAAUCAAAACAGUUGAAUUGCAAGGAAAGAAGAUAAAGCUACAGAUCUGGGAUACAGCAGGUCAGGAACGGUUUCACACCAUCACUACCUCUUACUACAGAGGGGCCAUGGGCAUCAUGCUUGUGUAUGACAUCACCAACGCCAAGAGUUUCGAAAACAUCAGCAAGUGGCUCAGAAACAUUGAUGAGCACGCUAAUGAGGAUGUGGAAAGAAUGCUGCUAGGCAACAAGUGUGACAUGGAGGACAAACGUAUUGUACCCAAAGCCAAGGGGGAACAGAUUGCAAAAGAACAUGGGAUUCGCUUCUUUGAAACCAGUGCAAAAGCCAACAUCAGCAUCGAAAAGGCGUUCCUCACGUUAGCAGAAGACAUUCUCAAAAAGACACCUGUAAAAGAGCCGAACAGUGAAAAUGUGGACAUCAGCACUGGGGGCGGAGUCACAGGCUGGAAGACCAAGUGCUGCAGUUGAACACACACACAUUUACAUACACCCCUCACACAAACACCCUCUCUCUCUCUCUCUCUCUCUCUCUCUCUCUCUCACCUCCUCUCUCUCAUUCACUCAUCCCUUGUUUCUGUCUAACACUCUUCCGUUUUGUCCUUCUCAUGGGAUUCUCUGUAAAACCACAUCUCUAACGUUUCUCACACUCACAACUGCUUGCUGACAUCAUUUUUAUUUCUGUAAAAAAAUGUAAAGAGAAAAAGAAAAGUCGUUUCAUGUCUCUUCUUACUCAUUUUAAAUAAUGAACGAAAUGAGUUGAAACAAACGAAACAAAAGCGCAUUCACUACUACAUGAAGACCGGCGGUGGACCUGGAGAUGCUGUCCGUCGGCGCAGAGGAGCGGCCGUAGCAUUCAGUGUGACAUCAUAGACGAAGACUUUUGUCCAGUGUUGUGUGUUAGUGUGAGAUCUUCUCUAGCUGGGGUUAUAUUUUUGUAUUAUUUCUUUCGUCCGGUGCCUUAAUGUCGAGCAUAAGAGCUCACACCCAAAACACACAUUUAAACAUCACACUUCUGUAACCGUUGCACACACACAGACACAGGCACACUGGUCCUCUCAUCUCUGACUGACCCCCGCUAACUGGACCCACACAUGCCCGAACGAAACCAUCCGGAUUCAUUCUGUUUGCACAGAAGAGAAUGGCAUCAUACUUCUGUUUUUAAAUGUAGUUUUUUUUCCCCAGAAUGACUUGUUUUAUGAAUCUCCUCAAUGUAUUUUUUGGUUUUGUUUACCCUCACUUACUCAGUUACUCAUUCUCUCCUGCAUGCUGGUUUCUUUGGGUUUUUGGGGUCUUUUGUAAGUUUUGCCAUGUUUGUAAUUUACAGGAAGUAUCUCUCCUAGUCAAGAUACGUGUCAGGGAGGGGAGCGUUCUCUUUGGAAACUCAAAUAAUUUUGCAGAUCCAUUAAAAAUAAGCUUGUUUAAGUUA